AUGCCUCCGACGCCUUGUUUACGGUGCCGCGAGGCCCGGGCAGUGAUUAUCCGGCCCAAAAACCGCCACAAACUAUGCCGAAACUGUUUUCUGGAGGUGUUCGAGACGGAGGUCCACGAGACGAUCAUGUCGACGAAGCUGUUCUACCGCGGAGAGCGGGUAGCCAUCGGUGCGAGUGGCGGCAAAGAUAGCACAGUGCUUGCGUCGGUAUUGAAGACGCUGAACGAACGCUACGAUUACGGCCUGGAGCUGAUGCUGCUUUCCAUCGACGAAGGCAUCAAAGGGUAUCGCGACGACAGCCUCGAGACGGUCAAGCGCAACGCGGUGCAGUAUACCAUGCCCCUGGAAAUUGUGGGAUACGACGAGCUCUACGGAUGGACAAUGGAUCAAGUGGUGGCGCAGGUUGGAAAGAAGGGCAACUGUACAUACUGCGGGGUAUUCCGUCGGCAGGCACUGGACCGUGGCGCGGCGCGACUAGGGAUCAAACACGUCGUCACUGGCCACAACGCGGACGACGUGGCGGAGACGGUGAUGAUGAACCUGCUGCGAGGAGAUCUACCUCGUCUGUCGCGGGGCACGAGCAUUGUGACGGGAUCCGAAGCGUCGGACAUCAAACGCAGCAAGCCUCUCAAGUAUGCCUACGAGAAGGAGAUUGUGCUGUACGCGCACCACAAGAAACUCGACUACUUCACCACAGAAUGCAUAUAUUCGCCGGAGGCGUUCCGGGGCAGCGCUCGCACGCUGAUCAAGGAUCUCGAGAAGAUCCGGCCGAGCUCUAUCCUGGACAUCGUGAGGAGUGGCGAAGACAUGGCGACCCUUGUUCCCCCGGAGGUCAGUGGGGCAAAGAACCCUACCGCUGUUGCCAGGGCCACAGAGGAAGAGACAACCGGUGGCUGUGGAAGCCAGAACGGACGGUCGAGUGGUGGGGAAAUGGCAGACAUGGAAAAGCAACUGGCAGCCGACGAAAACGCCCAAAGCCACGAAACAGAGAUCAAGCUAUCCGACAUUCAGCUCCCGGACGGGUCCGUUCCGCUACAAAAAACAACGAACAAAAAGACGGCCAAGAAGCCCCCGCAGAAAGGUACGCCGCUGGGCAAACAGGUGAAAACUCAAACCAUGGGCAAAUGUGAACGGUGCGGGUACAUUUCGAGCCAGAAGAUCUGCAAGGCAUGCGCGCUGUUGGAAGGGCUCAACAAGAAUCGACCCAAGACGGCGAUCGAGGUGGAAAUUGCCGCCGAGGAUGAAGAGGGCAGCACAACGCUGAUGAGGCAGAUGGAGCGUAUCCAAUUGACCACCUGA